CGGCGCCACGCGCAGGUUCCUGCCCCGCGCCGCCAGCCCAGUGCCUGGUUUCUGCUCUAGGCCUGGUCCCCUCUCCGCCCGUGUCCAUCACCGCGUGCAGCAACGCCGCCAGAAUGUCUGACAAACUGCCCUACAAAGUCGCGGACAUUGGCCUGGCUGCGUGGGGACGCAAGGCCCUGGACAUCGCCGAGAACGAGAUGCCGGGCCUGAUGCGCAUGCGGGAGAUGUACUCGGCCUCCAAGCCACUGAAGGGCGCCCGCAUCGCCGGCUGCCUGCACAUGACCGUGGAGACUGCCGUCCUCAUUGAGACCCUUGUUGCCCUGGGCGCCGAGGUGCAGUGGUCCAGCUGCAACAUCUUUUCCACCCAGGACCACGCAGCGGCUGCCAUUGCCAAGGCCGGCAUUCCAGUGUAUGCCUGGAAGGGCGAAACAGACGAGGAGUACCUGUGGUGCAUCGAGCAGACGCUCUACUUUAAGGACGGGCCCCUCAACAUGAUCCUGGACGAUGGCGGUGACCUCACCAACCUCAUCCACACCAAGUACCCACAGCUCCUGUCAGGCAUCAGGGGCAUCUCUGAGGAGACCACGACCGGGGUUCACAACCUCUACAAGAUGAUGGCCAAUGGGGUCCUGAAGGUGCCUGCAAUCAAUGUCAAUGACUCGGUCACCAAGAGCAAAUUUGACAACCUCUAUGGCUGCCGGGAGUCCCUCAUUGAUGGCAUCAAGCGGGCUACGGAUGUGAUGAUCGCAGGCAAGGUGGCGGUGGUCGCAGGCUAUGGCGACGUGGGCAAGGGCUGUGCCCAGGCCCUCAGGGGCUUUGGGGCCCGUGUCAUCAUCACCGAGAUCGACCCCAUCAACGCACUGCAGGCUGCCAUGGAGGGCUACGAGGUGACCACCAUGGAUGAAGCCUGCAAGGAGGGCAACAUCUUUGUCACUACCACCGGCUGUGUGGACAUCAUCCUUGGGCGGCACUUUGAGCAGAUGAAGGAUGAUGCCAUCGUGUGUAACAUAGGACACUUCGAUGUGGAGAUUGACGUCAAGUGGCUCAACGAGAACGCAGUGGAGAAGGUGAACAUCAAGCCCCAGGUGGACCGCUAUUGGCUGAAGAAUGGGCGCCGCAUCAUCCUGCUUGCCGAGGGCCGGCUGGUCAACCUGGGUUGUGCCAUGGGCCACCCCAGCUUCGUGAUGAGCAACUCCUUCACAAACCAGGUGCUGGCACAGAUUGAGCUGUGGACCCACCCUGACAAGUAUGCUGUUGGUGUUCACUUCCUGCCCAAGAAGCUGGACGAGGCAGUGGCUGAAGCCCACCUGAGCAAGCUGAAUGUGAAGCUGACCAAGCUGACUGAGAAGCAGGCGCAGUACCUGGGCAUGUCCCGUGAUGGCCCUUUCAAGCCUGAUCACUACCGCUACUGAGAGCCAAGCCUAUCUUUCACCUUCCAGUGCCCAGGCCCUACCUCUCCUCCCCAAGAGCAAGUGGCACCACCUUUGCAAUUGGAUUUUCAGUGAUGUCCCCUUUUUGAGUCACUGGGGCCACUCAGUCUUUGGCCUCCUCAUUCCUCGUAUUCCAGGUGUGACACAGGGAACUACGAGGGCCCUAUUCAAGCCCUGGUCACGCUGGAGGUACAAGGGAGACAUCUAUGGGGAACCAUGAGCCCAGGGAACCCAGAAGUCUUAGAACUGCUAGGUCAGUCCUUUCUUAGGCAGGAAGUUGGUAGCGGUGUCACAAAGCCCAUGCACUUUACCAGAUAGGCCUUCCCCUGGCCUAUAGUGUUAGACCCAUGUGCUUGGUUUACAGGUCCGCUGGUUCCUCAGCCCGUGGUGGAAGAGGAGGAGUGCUAUCAGAGGGCAAGGAGGAACUGUUGAAGCUUGAAUGUUUCUGAGAGCCUGGCUUAGUGCUGGGCCUUCUCAAAACCCUCAGAACAAUGAGUGAGGUUAGUCCUUAUUAGUCCUGUUAGUCCUCAUUUUACAGGGGUUAAAGUAACCUCUAUAUGAGACAGCCAGAGGUUGAGAGGGGCCAGAAAAAGCAGGCAUAGAUCUGCCAUCACUUUGUAAUAUGGUGGUUUCUAUCACAACCUUGGGUCAAAUUUGGCUUAUAAUGUUUAUAUAAUAUUUAGAGUGUUAAAAGAAAGCAGGAAGGUGGGUUAAUAAACAUUCUGGUGCCUAAAAGAA